AACGCACCGGAAGCGGUGCCCCGUCUUCAGCAGUGCUGACUGUACCCAGGCAUGGCGCCCAAAGGCGGUCCCGGCGGGCGGCAGCAGUCGGAGGAGGAUCUGCUGCUGCAGGAUUUCAGCCGCAACCUCUCGGCCAAGUCCUCCGCUCUCUUCUUCGGCAACGCCUUCAUCGUCUCUGCUAUCCCCAUCUGGCUCUACUGGAGGAUAUGGCACAUGGAUCUGGUUCAGUCCGCCGUGCUGUACAGCGUGAUGACUCUCAUCAGUACCUACCUCGUGGCGUUUGCGUAUAAGAACGUCAAGUUCGUCCUCAAGCACAAGGUUGCACAGAAGAGAGAAGAUGCUGUUUCCAAAGAAGUUACUCGCAAGCUUUCUGAGGCAGACAACAGGAAGAUGUCUCGGAAGGAGAAGGAUGAAAGGAUUCUGUGGAAGAAAAAUGAAGUUGCAGAUUAUGAAGCAACAACCUUUUCCAUCUUCUACAACAAUACUCUCUUUCUGGUCCUGGUCAUCAUUGCUUCAUUUUUUGUGCUGAAGAAUUUCAACCCCACUGUAAACUAUAUCCUUUCCAUAAGUGCUUCGUCUGGACUGAUUGCCCUGCUGUCUACAGGAUCCAAGUAGACCAAAGAAAAAGCAAUUUGUUUUUGUGGGAAGGUUCAACUUCUGCUUGAGGGUGGAAUAAAAAUAGUAUUUUUUUUAUAAUGGGACUGCCUGAGGGUUUGGGGGGAGGUUUUCAAUUGAAAGUUCAUUUACCUUUGGUAUCUUUAUAUGGUAUUACUCAAUAACUGAAUCUAAUAUUUACUGGUAUUGAAAGUAAAUGGCAUGUGAGUUGUUAUCAAACAACUUUCCUGAAGCAUUUCAUAGAUGUGAUGUUACUGCAGACCAUUAGACAGUAUGAGUCAACCACAAGGGACUGCUGCACAGCAGCACAGAACAGCCAUAGUCAAACCCCAGAGUGGAAUUCCCCUGUAAACUAUUAGGAGAGCUACAGUCUGUAAUCAUAAAAAUUGACAAUCUACCCCUUUUCAUUGUAACAUGCAAAGUUUUAAUAAAAAGGAGACUUUCUGUCAUUAAA